AUGCUGCGACGGACGCGUCUGCGUAUUCUUCAAUCCUCGGCUCACACAUUUGCAAAUUCGGCCCAACAACGCAAAAUUGAUGAGGUUGUUCGCGUAGAUCAAGCGGGAGAAGUGGCAGCAGUCCGAAUUUGUAAAUAUCAGCUCUUCUGGACGUCUCCGCUUGAUGCCUCAAUUCCAGUCGUUAAGGAAAUCUUAAAGGAUGAAGUUGUCCACGAAAAGACAAUGAAUGAGCUUGCCGCGAAGCAUUCUGUGAGGCUUACAGCGCUGGAUCCAAUAUUUCAUUUAGGUGCCUUUGCCAUGGCCACCGCCACUGCCUUUCUCGGUAAAGAAGCAAUGAUGUGUUGUCAUGCUGCAGUUGAAAUUACCAUUGCGGGGCAUUAUAACGAUCAACUUCGUGAACUUGAGGCAAUGGAAAAUGUGGGAACUGUUUUAAAAGAUGGUGAUGCCAAGGCUUGGAAAGAUGUCAAGGAUAUAGUAGUUAAAUUUAGAAACGAGGAGGAGCAUCAUCAACGCCUUGGUGAAACAAAUGGGGCAGAUCAGGCACCAGCGUAUCCCAUUUUAUACAAUGGGAUACGUUUAGCAUGUAAAAUGGGGGUGGCUCUAGCGAAAAAGAUUUAA